AUGGCUGUAGCUGCUUAUGCAUCAUUGGUUUCUCUUACUCAUGUCCUCGACAACGUUCAUUACCGUGCUCAGCUUCGUCGCCUUCAUGUCGACAUAAAAAGGAUUAAAUCUCUCCAAGAAGGUGUCAAUUUCUUGUUGAAAAUCCUUGAAGUGAACCACAGAAGUAAAAGCCAGAAGGCUGGAGAUCUUUGGAGGAAAAUAUCUGAAGUUGACUAUAUCAAGAGGAAGUUAUCGAUGGUUGAAGAGGUCGUGGACGAGGUUGUGGUUGAAAAACAAACUAGAGUUUCUGUUCCUGCUGAUGGUUCUUCGACAGCUGCAUCCUCCAUUGGAAAGAAUGUGAUUGUUGGACUUGAAGAACACAUGUUCAAUAUUAAGGGUGAGCUAGCUAGAUAUGAAGGCAAUCUCCAAAUCAUCCCAAUUGUCGGCAUGGGAGGUAUUGGCAAAACUACUCUUGCUAAAAAACUUUAUGAAGAUAAAUAUUCCAUGGAACGCUUUGAUGUGCGCCUUUGGAUUACAAUUUCUCAGGAGUAUAGCGUCGAUGAGAUCCUUCUUGGUCUUAUCAAUGACGGAAAAGUAGAAAGACAUGGUGGAAAUUCAGAUGGGCCUGGGGAAAUAUUGCGCAAGGAACUCUAUGGCAGAAGAUACUUAAUUGUAAUGGAUGACAUAUGGACUCUUCAAGCUUGGUAUGAUUUAAGGAGGUUCUUUCCGGAUAAUGGUAAUGGAAGUCGGAUUCUUGUGACCACUAGGCUAUCACAAGUAGCCGGUUCAUUAGCCUCUCACGACCCGUAUCCAAUGACAUUUCUUGAUACAAAUACAAGUUGGAGUUUAUUUUGCCAAACUAUAUUUGGAAAAGAAAAAUUUUCACAUCCAGAAUUGGAGCAAAUCGGAAGGGUGAUUGUCGAAAAUUGUAGAGGGCUUCCUUUGCAAAUUACUGUUAUAGGAGGACUACUUGCAAAGUCUGGCAUGAAUAAAGAAUAUUGGGAAUCAGUUGCGGAAAAUAAUGAUUCGGAUCUAGUUCAUGGCCUAUUCGAAGUAGAAGGCGCUCUGAAAGAUUGCAGUCCGUUUGAUAAUGAUCGAGUUCCAUUGCUUCUUCGACCCGAACCGAAGAAUCCCUUAGAUAUGAUGCAAAAUGGAUCUUGUUCCAUCUUUGAUCAGAGAUUUCUCUAUGAAAAAUACGAAUCGGAGUUUGAAGAAGGGGAGGGGGAAAGAGCCCUCGACCCGCAACAGAUAGAGGAGGAUUUCUUCAAUCACAUAGUUUGGGCUCCUAGAAUAUGGCGCCCUUGGGGCUUUCUAUUUGAUUGUAUCGAAAGUCCCAAUGAAUUGGGAUUUCCCUAUUGGUCCAGGUCAUUUCGGGGCAAGCGGAUCAUUUAUGAUGAAGAGGAUGAGCUUCAAGAGAAUGAUUCGGAAGAACAUGAGAGCCUCAAGCCGUGUUUUCUCUACAUGAGAGCUUUUCGCGAAGAUGCUGAAAUUGAAGUCUCCAAUCUAAUCCGAUCAUGGGUCGACGAAGGUUUCAUAAUAAUGAAAGAAGAUAAAAGUUUGGAAGAACAUGCAGAGGAAUACUUGAAGGAUCUUAUUGAUAGAAAUCUACUUUUCGGGCGUGAACAAGAUGAAGGUACAAGGGAAAGUCUGAUAUUUAAGGAGUCAAAGAUGAAGAUUUUACCAUCUGAAAUAUGGGAGCUGCCGCAACUUAGAAUUAUUCACUUCAAGGAUUUUGCAUUUCCAAAGCCUCCAAAUGCUCGUGUCGAAGAGAAAGAUUUCUUCAUUCUCAAGAAUCUGCAAAUCCUUAGCUGUGUAAGGAAUUUUGAGCUCACUGAUGAGAUUCUCAGUCGAAUCCCAAAUUUGAAGGAACUACAAAUAAAGUAUGAUAAGCGUAUGGUAGUGUCGAAUACUUUUUUGAGUAAUCUUGCCGGAUUACAGAAACUCGAAAGACUAGUAGUCGACAAUACAUUGCAGAACAUUGGCUUUCCGAAUUCCCUCAAAUUAUUGUUUCUGAAGAGAUGCAGAAUUCCUUGGAGUGGUAUGUCAAUGGUUGGUUCAUUACCCAAUCUUGAAAUUCUUAUAUUGUGGGAUACUUCAGAAGGCUCUGAGUGGAAUUCAACCGAAGGCGAAUUUCUUCGAUUAAAAUUUUUUAUGAUUGUUGGUAGUGAUUUAGUACAUUGGAGAGCUGAUCGAAACCAUUAUCCUGUUCUUGAGAUGCUUUUACUGUCUAACUUACCUUCAUUGGAAGAAAUCCCUUCAGGUGUUGGAGAUAUACCGACAUUGCGCGAAAUUCAAUUAAAUUGUUGCAGUAAGUCAGCUGCGGAUUCGGCAUACCAAAUAUUAGAGGAACAACAAAGCAUGGGAAAUGAUAUCCUCAAGAUUGAAGUCUCUGAAGAUAUAGUUGAGGACACAGAUGAAGAUGAAGAUGACGAGUCUGAAGGCGACAAUGAAAAUAAAGAUGAAGACAAAGACAAAGAUGAAGAUGAAGACGAAGAUGAUGACUUUGAAGGUGAAGAUGAAGAUUAA